GGCCACGACGGCCUGCCCAGGCCAGGAUCGUAAUAUUAACGAAAGCGACGGCGGAUAGCGGUUUCCCUCGCGUGCGCGACCACCAGCAGACUUCGCAGAGUUUAACACCAGGACUUUUCCUAUCUCGUAACGCGUGCGCGCGCGUGCUCGUUCGUUCGUUCGUUCGUUCGUUCGUACGUACGUUCGCUUGCUCGCUCUCGCUCGCUUGUUUCCUUGCUUGCUUGCUUGCUUGCUUGCUUGCUUACUUACACCCUUCUAAAUCCCUGACUUCGGUCGCGUUUCGCGCUAUCGUUACUUCUCUCUUCCUCCUCCUCCUCCUCCUCCAUCUCCUCCAUCUCCUCCUCUUCUUCUUUCUUUCUGUCUUUCUCCACCUUCCCCUCAUCCUCCUCUUCCUCGUCCUCCUCCUCCUACUUCACCUCCUCUUCGUACCGACGCGACUCCUCUUUGUCCAAAGCGCCUUUCAGUUCUUUCCUUCCGUUCCAUCCUCUUCGAACUAACCUUUAACCACCCUUAUCCUUCGUCCCACAGUGAUUGCAGUUCGAUCGCAAGUGAUCGUUGUUCUAGACGAAAAAGGAGAAAAUAAAGACAAGAAAGGAAGAGAAGAGAAAGGAAAAAGAAAAAAAAAAAGAAAAGAAAAGAAAAGAUAAGGAGAGAAAGGGAAUGAAAGAAAGAAACAAAAUAAAAGACCGUGUGAAACCAAAGCGACGAGGGUGAUCGAUCUUCUGUGCCUCUCACCAAAGAAGAAUAUACUCUCUAUUAUCGUGCCAAGUCUUAAACUCGUAUAGUGUUUUACUGUUAGCAACGAAGAAUGGUUUAACACUUUCGUUUCUAUCUAAGAGAAUCUAUCUGGACGAACGACGUAUGUAUGUACGACGAUGGUAUCGAUUCGACGACGUGACCGACGGAAGAACUUGCUUAAGUUUCUACUCCCGAAGAGAAGUCAACGUGUUAUGUUCGAAUUCAAAAUCGGCAUUGACGUAGUCCAAGAAAGAUCUCGAUUAUCUUCUUGCAUCGAAGAGAUUUUUCUUACGACCUGUGUCUUGACGCAGCCUUUGAACUCAUACCGGAGAGGCUAAGUGAUUCCAGGCAAUGUCACCUUCCAUUUAACUCGCGGAAAUCACGUGCAGCCGGCGCUCGUAAAGGACGUUGAGUUAUUGUGGCGAUCCGCAAGGUUCUACUAAUUAGCUCGCGGCCGAUUCGAAACUGAGCGAACGAACGAGCGAACGAGCAAACGAGCGAGCGAGCGAGCGAGCGAGCAAGCAAGCAAAGCGAGCAAACGAGCGAGCCGACGAACGAACAAGCGAGUGUACAAGAAAGAGAAAGAGAGAAAGAGAAACCUCUACCCUGAGAGUCAUUCAUUAACGGGACAGCAGUCACGAAUUGUUUUCAUUCAUUGGUUCUUGCGUGUGCUACUAAGAAGUUGUGUCCUGAAUGAACGUAGUCGUUUGCUAAUGUAUUGGCGGAGACAGUGCUGGGUCAUGGCGAGAUGCUGAAGGAAGUCGGCUGCGGAAGUAGUACUCCCCCUGCUGGGGAUGGUGCCGUGAACAGCAACCGUCCGGUUGGCACGGCGGAGAGCAACAGCUCGGAAAGCACCCUUGGCUGCGGUGGUUGCGGUAGGGAGAUAGCCGAACGUUGGUACCUAAGGGCUGCCGAUCGUGCCUGGCACUGCGGUUGUCUUCGUUGCUGCAAUUGCCGAAUGCCUCUCGCUGGCGAACGUACUUGCUUCGCGAGGGACGGCAACAUAUACUGCAAAGAGGAUUACUACAGGUUGUUCUCAGUAUCGAGAUGUUCCCGAUGCCGUGAGGGUAUCUUCCCGUCGGAGCUUGUGAUGAGAGCAAGGGACCUGGUCUACCACGUGACCUGUUUUAAUUGCGCCUCCUGCGGUACAGCAUUGAACAAAGGCGAUCAUUUUGGCCAGAGAGACGGCUUGGUAUAUUGUAGACCGCACUACGAGUUGCUUUGCUGCGCCGGGGAUUACGGAAGCGGUACUGGCAGCAUAGAAGACAUCGGUUCGCCAGGAGUCUCGCCGCUUCCGGCUUAUUACAGCACGGCCGAGCAGAGUCCGAUCGCGUCCUCAGGAACGGUACAAAAGGGAAGGCCAAGGAAGAGGAAACUUUCCGAAGUCACUGGGUCCGAGCUUCCUGUAACAAUGAGGCUGGCCGCCGGAGCGUUGGAACUUCUACAUCCGACCGAGUUAUCCUCGUCGAUGGAAUCGCUCGCAGCAUACGACGCAUCCGUAGGUUCACCCGGGCCCGUUCAUCAGAGCCAAAGAACUAAACGCAUGCGUACAAGUUUCAAGCAUCAUCAGCUGAGAACUAUGAAGAAUUACUUUGCCAUUAAUCAGAAUCCAGAUGCGAAAGAUCUUAAACAAUUGGCCCAGAAAACGGGUCUCUCGAAGAGGGUACUUCAGGUGAGAAGGGGACGGAUCGCUUUUGCGGUAUGGUUCCAAAACGCACGCGCAAAAUGGCGGCGGAAUAUGAUGAGGCAAGAGGGUAGCGGAGCGAACAGUAACGUUGGCUGUCCUGGUACGCCGGUGUCAUCGAGUACAGCAGGUUCGCCAAACGUCGCACCAACCGUUAGCAUCCUAGGCGAUAGUAACAGUAUGCCCUCGACCUCGAUGGAGGAAUUACACGCCCUUCAUCAUUUGCAUUCUGGUGUUUCCUCUCAGGUUUCUUUUUCCGAUCUCUACUGACGACGGCUUGAGAUGGAGGAAGACGGUUAUAGUACCCUUUCCAGCCAUCUUGGAUGAGAAAACGCCAAGGAAGAUACGGACUUCUCUUUUUUCUUAUUACGAGAUGACAUUCUCGUCAAAUUUGUGAGGGUUCGUGAUAAUAACGGCGUAGGAACGUCGAUGAAAUCCUUGCUUUAUUGUCAUUCGAUAAAUUCGAAUGUAAAUUCUAAAUAUUCAAAGGGAAAUAAAAAUCAAUGACGAAUUUGAUUCCUGAGAAAAAGAGAUCAAGUGAAAGAGAGAGAGAGAGAGAGAGAGAGAGAGAGAGAGAGAGAGAGAGAG